AGUUUCAUUUCCGAGAUACAUCUAUUGAACAAAACAGUAACAGUUAAAAUGCCAGGACUUUUCGCUUUCAAUCGGAAGUGGAGUAUUGGAAGUGAUGAUCUAGUUUUCCCAAUCUUAGUAGAAAUUUGUAUUCGAAUCGCUUGGAUGAUUGCAAUCGCUGUAGUCUUCCACAUUCAUCAAGAUGCCUUCACGUGCGAGGACGGUAACCUGCUGCGGACGUACUACAUCGGUGUCUUGACAAUACUCAGCAUUACGCUCGUUGUUUCAGCUUUAAUAAUGUACACCAGCAUGCAGGGAACCAUCACGAAGCCUCUGCCUCGCAGGCGAAUCCCACUGCUGUUGUAUAUCAAGACAGCGGUGAUAAUGCCAGACCUGGCGUGGAUGGCCAUGGGAACAUUUUGGGCUUUUGGGAAAUCUUAUGGGUGUGAUUACUAUGUAGUCUUGACAGUCAAAGGUGCUGUGAUUUGUGCCUGGGUGGCCACAGUUGUGACCAUCAUUGGGAUUUUGAUCAUUCUCGAUCCUCUGGGAAAGACGAAGCAUGAACACAGACGUGAACGCUAUAUGACAUCUGGAAUAGGAGAAAGUCUAGAGGCUAGUCAAACUACAAUGGCUGCAAAAAUUUGGGAGAGGAGGUGUCGUCUUUUAUGUUGCUGUGUUGCAUGUAAUAAAAACAAUCAAAAUGCAUUUACAGAUAUUUCCAGACUUGUUGCAGAAUUCUUCAAGGAUGUUGAUUUAGUCCCAACUGAUAUAGCAGCAGGCCUGUUACUUGUCUUACGGCAACAGCGAUUGGUCAAGGAAAGUCUUGGAGCUGUCAUAGUUGAUGUGACAUCAUCAGAAAGGGCAGAGUCACAGAGAGCUGAUGGGCAGUCUCAGCCAAUGAGAAAUGGAAUGAUUGGCUUCACCCGCCCAGAGCUGUGGAUGAAUAUUAAACUGAUGAGCUACUAUAUGAAAUUUGCUUUAGCUAGUUAUGGAUGGCCAUUUUAUAUAUACAGUAACAUGAUGACUGGAAUUUGUAAAGUGGCAACACGGUGCAGAUGCUGUGCGUGUGUGCGAGCGCCGACCAGCAGUCACUGUGACAACGUGUGUGAGUGUCACACUGCCGCUGUUCGUAGAAUCACAGGACUGCAGCAACAAGAUCUUGUGUACGUCUGCUUCCAUAACAAAUGUAAAGAGAUUCCAUUCUUUGUUGCAAUUGAUCGCAGAUAUAACUCAGUGGUGAUUGCAAUUCGAGGAACACUCUCUCUUGAAGAUGCCCUCACAGAUCUGUCUGCAGAGUCUGUGUCUGUCGAUAUCGCGGGUGUACCGGACGCGUAUGCUCAUGCUGGGAUGAUGGACUGUGCGCGAUACAUCAAGUCUCAACUAGACAACUUGGAUCUCCUUGGCAAAGCGUUUGGAUCACUGCAGGAAGGAUCUCGCCUGGUGAUAACAGGACACAGCCUGGGAGCAGGAACAGCCGCUCUUCUUGCAGUCCUCCUCAAACCGGUCUGUCCAAACCUAAUUUGUUUUGCGUAUUCGCCACCAGGAGGUUUGAUGAGUCCAUCCCUGAGUCAUCACGUCCAGUCGUAUGUGUGUUCGGUGGUGGUGGGUAAGGACCUGGUUCCCAGGCUGGGGAUGCCAACCAUGCAUGACUUGAAGCUGAAAAUACUCCGAGCAAUUCACGACUGCCAGCUGCCAAAGUACAGAAUUCUAGCUCAAGGUUGCAUCCAUAUCAUCUGCAGCUGUUUAUCAUCUCAGCAGGAUGAUGACAGUGAUCAGCAAAGACGUCGUCCUCUUCUUGAAUCAUCUGAGUCUAACUACAUGACAACCAGAUCUGACGAAACACAGCGUGACAGGAGUAUGAUGGACGUGUUGAGGGAUGCGAUAGCGAGUGAGGAGAACGAGGAGAGAGAGUGGCCAGCCAUGUUAGCCCCAGGCCAGGUUCUCCACAUCGUCGAGGUCUCCGAGGACCAAGUGUGCUGUGGCCAGCCAUCGUACUCUGCUAUGUGGGUGAAGUCUGAAGACUUCAGUGAGAUCAUCAUCAGUCCCCGGAUGUUGUGGGAUCACUUCCCGGACGUGGUCAUGAAGGCUCUAGAACAGCUGGAGGACAGGAACUACGUCCCUCGUGCCACACAAGUGUCGGGACCAAGUGCGUUGGCGUGAGCCUGUCUGCUGAUCUUUAUGAUCGGUCACUGGUGCUAGACAGUCACUUAAAACAUCCACCACUGGUUUAAGUCUAUAGACAGUAACUGUUGUUAAUGAUCCAUCACUGGUUUAAAAUGGUCUACAGUAACUCUUGUUAAAGGAAUACUCGCACAAGGCUUUUAGACUGGUAUGCAUAUUCAGCAGUAUAUAAUGCACAUUACUGCCUAAUAUUGACAAGUAUAUUAUUAUAUUUAAUUAAUAAAAUGGUUAAAUAUGACGGCUGUUAUAUAUAAUGGCCACAGCCAUUUUGUACCAUCCCUCUGGCAAGCCGGGGGUUACGUAAUAUUUAACGCGUCACAUCAGGAAUUAGUCUUAGAACUGAAGAAACAAACGUACCUGAUUUUGCACAAUGUUCUGUAAUAAUAUGCAUUCCAGUAAGCCAGCAAUAAGUAGAUAAUAUUUUAGAAUACAAAAUAAACCACCACUGCCAAAGUGUCGAAAUAACUGUAUCUUGUUUUGUCCAUACAUUAACCCAUGUACUGAAAUGAUAAAAGGAGUGUUUUCUUAGUUAGUUGGUCUAUGCAUUCAGUGGCCUCCACCUGUACCAGUGGUAUUGUUUAACAUCAUAGGAUAUUGGGAAAUACCUGCCACCCCUAAAAUGGUAAUGGACAUUAUCAGCCAUCAUGCUUUAUUACUGUAAAUCAUUCUGUAAAACUCUUGAUUAAGUCUAAAAUCACAGAACUGACCAAUUACAUAGUCUCAAAGAA